ACAACAAAUCAUGUCUCGAAAAGAUGUCGUUGUACACGAAGAAGAGGAAGAUCUUGGAACAGCCAUGCAGAAAAUGACGAUCCCUUUGGCCGAACUCAAUCAAUUACCCAACGAUUCUGUUUACAAUUUCGUAGAUGGGGUACGAAAGAUCAUAGAAGAUCCCAAUUUACUAUUCGAAGAUUCUCGAGAGUUUGGCAAUCUUCACCAAGACGACAAAUCUGUUGAGGAUUCAAAAGAUUCAAAACAGUUUGAAAAUUCCACAAAGCCGCCAACGGCGUCAAGAGGUCGUUUUAGUGUACCGCCAAAACGAUCUAGAAACAAGCGAGGAAGACCAAAAGGACAAUGCUUAAAGAGUUCAGCAACUGUCGUUGAUUCUAAUUUCGUCGACAUUACAGACAAGAGUUGUACACAUUGCGGGACGAGAAAUACCCCAAUGUGGAGGGAAGGACCAAGAGGACCGAGGACGCUUUGUAACGCGUGCGGGGUGCGAUACAGAACAGGUCGGCUAUAUCCUGAGUACCGCCCUGCUUCAAGUCCCGAAUUCAAACCUAACGUUCACUCCAACUUUCAUCGAAAGGUCAUGGAAAUCAGAAGGGAGAGGCACUCACCUCCCACCCAAUAGCAUUGAGCUGUCGCAUAUCAUCUGGAUUUUUAAUUACGGCCUUGAACGUUUUGUAGAUUUUUUGUUUCUCACAAACUCAAUUGUCAUACUAGAUUUUUAGUUACGGCCUUGAACGUUUUUGUA